AUGGAGUAUAGAGAAACGAUAUUUCUUUAUUUUGAUACAAUGGGAAUUAUGUAUGAAAAACGGCCAUUAAAAAGGCCUCGCUUGGGGCCUCCUGAUGUAUACCCACAAGAACCCAGGCAAAAAGAGGAUGAACUUACAUCAACUAACGUCAAACACGGUUUUUCCACUACACCACAAUCUAGUGAUGAGUUUGGAACAGCCAGAAACUUCAACUAUUCAGCUUCAAAGAUAGGACAGUUUUUCUCUAGUAUACUUUCAAAAAAAGAAGAACUAAACACUCUGCCGGACUGUGGACGAAAGAGACAGCAAGUAAAUCCUAAAGAUAAUUUUUGGCCAGCUACCGCUCGCACUAAGCCACAAAUUGAAGCAUGGUUCAAGGAUUUAGCAGGUAGCAAGCCUCUAGCACAGCUGGCCAAAAAGGCACCAAACUUUAACAAGAAGGAGGAAAUAUUUAUAACUCUCACAGAGUAUCAAGUGGCAAUGCCAAGAGCUGCUUGGUUUAUAAAACUAAGCUCGGCAUAUACAGUUGCGGUUUCGGAGGCAAAGAUUAAAAAAAGACAGUUACCUGAUCCUACUACAGAAUGGACAACUACACUGAUAAAAUUUUUAAAAGACCAAAUACCUAAAUUAGCAGAACAUUACCAAAGUGCCGUACCUAGCAAUCCAUCUGAAAAAACUCCACCUUCACAAUCAGGUCAGGGAACUCCUAGUCAUAAUUCAUCAAGUAAUCCACCCGGUGGUUCUACUCCUAACAGCUCAACUGUGCCUAAUUCAAUGCACUCACCAGGAAAUUCUUCAACUUUAGGUUCAGGAGAAAGUACAGAUUGGCGGCAGGCUCUAAAGUUGUGGAAUUAUUGCUGUCGUCUUGCCAGAUACAUGCUGGAUGAAGGACUAUUAGAUCGACAUGACUUUCUUACCUGGAUUAUAGAGCUGCUUGAUAAAAGGACACCCGAAGAUGGCCUUCUGAGGCUUUUUCUACCACUAGCCUUACAACACAUGAGUGAAUUUGUGUGCUGUGAAGGUCUUUCACGCCGCCUAGCGACCACAUGCGCCAAAAAAGCAGCGGCCAUCUGCUCUGUACUAUCUGAUACUACUCUUCGUACACUGAACCAGCCAGUGGUGUUUUCUAAGGAUACUGACAGAAAUGAAGUAAACGGUGCACCUAUGUCGCCAGCAACGGAAAACGCCAACGGCGAUGUAAAACCAAAUGUUUCCCAAAUAAAACGCUCAGCAACCCCUGCUGAUCAGAGUCAAGGCACACCUAACCCAAAUCACUCUAUUGGGACUCCGAAUCCAAAUCAUUCCAUAGGCACGCCAAUCCCAAUGGGCACCCCUAAUCCUUCACAACCCAUGGAUGUGCAAGUGAAAGAAGAGAGUGGAUCACCACCUAGAGACACAAAGGCAGCAAUAAACAAUGUGAUUACAGCAGCCCUGAAUCCUGUCCAAGUAGGAUUCGGCGAAAUAUUGAACUGUGCCUAUCAUAGAGAUACUAUAAUACAACUAGCUACAAUAUUGCAGAUAAUAUGCAUCGAGUGUCCAACUGCAAUGGUCUGGUCCGGUUGUGGAUCUUCUAUGCAAAGUUCUCCUCUAGAUUUGCUACCAAUACCCCCAUCAGCUUUGCCUAUGCCGCACAUGGACUCCGAAAUUACAGAACAUCAUAGAAAAUUGGUUUAUGAAGCCGAACAAGAAAUCGCGGCGAGAAGUAAAAAAGCUGAAAGCAAAUGGUGUACUGACAAAUGGCAAACAAGUUCGCAAGCUCGUGUGUUAGCUGUCUUGGAAGCGUUGGACCGCCAUUGUUUUGAUCGCGUAGAUCCAAACAAUAAUCUCGAUACUCUAUACAAAGAAGUUUUUGCUAAUUGCACGCCUCCGUCGAAAGAUUCGCCUACUGAUGCAAAAGAUCCGGAGUGGGCGGGCUCGUACGCGGUGGUGCGCGUGCUGUGCGAGUGGGCGGUGUGCGGCGCGCGCUGGGGCGAGCACCGCGCCAUGGCGGCCGCCGCGCUGCUCGACCGCCGCCAACAGCUGCUGCACCUGCAACACGACCACCACGCCUCCGGUUCAGAUGAUAAAGAAUCUAUUAGUUCGGGCACGGGUCUCUACAACGGGCCGCCAAUCUUCCAAAAUUUGCUCCUACGGUUUUUAGACAACGACGCACCAGUACUAGAUGAGAGCCCAAACGCGUCACCAGGAAACAGACAGCAGUUCGCGAACUUGGUGCACCUCUUUGGCGAACUCAUUCGUAGAGAUGUGUUUUCACACGACGCUUAUAUGUGCACGCUGAUUUCAAGAGGUGACCUCAUCUCGCCUACGGAACCCACGUCGACGGGUAGUAGCGGAAGCCAUACGGUGGCGCAACCAGCAAACAGUACCGGCACCAAUCAUAACAUGGACGAUGACAUAUUUGCGGGCAUUGAUCUUAAACCAAAAAUGGAGGAAAACGUAAGAAUGGACUUGGAUGAUUCUAAAAUCGAUGAUGACCUCGACAAACUUCUACAACACAUAAAAGAGGACCAACAGAACUCUAUGGACGCUCCCGACAGCCCUAAGGAUCCUGGUGAACCCUCACACGGUGUAAAUUCGCCAAUGAUGGGACCAAGUGGGAUGAGUAUUACCAGCAUGCAGAGUAUAGGAAUGGGACCAAUGUCUGUACCAGGUAUCCGCAGCAGCAGCGCGUGCGGCGGGGGCGUCGCGGGGGUCGGUAUGGGCGGCGGGUUGGGGGGCGCGCCGCCCUCGCGCCACUACCACUACACCAUGCACUUCCCGCUGCCGCCCGCCGAGCCCGACCACACGCCGCACGACGCCAACCAGCGGCACAUCCUGCUCUACGGCGUCGGCCGCCAGCGGGACGAUGCCAAACACGCCGUUAAGAAGAUGACCAAAGAAAUCUGCAAGUUGUUCUCCAAGAAAUUCUCAAUUGAUGUAGCGGAAGGGGGGAAGAUUAAGAAGCACUCACGAAGUGAAUUUAAUUUUGAAUCUGUAACACAAAAAUUUCAAGCGAUGUCGAUGUAUGAGCAGGGCGCGGUGUCGUGGGCGGUGGGAGGCGCGGUGUGCGAGGCGCUGGCGGCGUACGCGGCCGGCGCCACCACCUACCUGCCGCAGCCCGAGCACGUUGCCUUCGCGCUCGACCUCAUGGAGAUCGCGCUCAACGUGCACGGCCUCAUCGAAACUUGCAUACAGAUACUCAAAGAAUUAUCAGAGGUGGAAGGUGCUCUCAUAACGCGUGGUGCACCGAGCAGUGGCUUAGCGGCACCCAGAGCAUACACAUCUGCUCUAGCUCUAUACACUGUUGGAGCUUUACGACGCUACCACUCUUGCUUAUUGCUGUGUGUGGAGCAGACAUCGGCGGUGUUCGAGCAACUGUGCCGGCUGGUGAAGUGCGUGGUGAACCCGGGCGACUGCGGGUCGGCGGAGCGCUGCGUGCUGGCGCAGCUGCACGACCUGUACAAGGCGGCCGCGCACCUCUGCCACGCGCCGCACGCCGACACCUUCGCCAACGCCUACCCUAAGAUCAAGCAAGCGCUAUAUUCACAGUUACAGCCGACGCCAUCCAAUUAUGUAUACAACCCGCAAUUUUUAAGCGAGUUCUUUACGAAUCCUCGUAAAGGUAAAAUAGAAAUUGCAUGGGCCCGUCAAGUCGCCGAAUCGCCGGCUAACAGAUACAGCUUUGUUUGUUCAGCAAUGUUGGCUGUAUGUCGUGAAGUAGAUAAUGAUCGGGUGAACGAGCUGGGCGUGUUGUGCGCGGAGAUGACGGCGUGGUGCAGCGGGCUGGCGGCGGAGUGGCUGGGCGCGCUGGUGGCGCUGUGCGGCGCGCAGCACUACCCCGCCGCACCGCACGCCGCGCCGCCACCGCUCUACCCCGACCUGCUGCACCACCGCGACCUGCACGACGCGGCCGCGCACGACGCGCUCGCCGUCUUCACCUGCAUCCUAGUCGGUACGUACAGCGUGCGCCGCCGCCGCUCUACCCCGACCUGCUGCACUACCGCGACCUGCACGACGCGGCCGCGCACGACGCGCUUGCCGUCUUCACCUGCAUCCUGGUCGGUACGUAAUGCGUGCGCCGCCGCCGCUCUACCCCGAACUGCUGCAUCACCGCGACCUGCACGACGCGCUGGCCGUCUUCACCUGCAUCCUGGUCGGUACGUACAGCGUGCGCCCCACCCGCUCUACCCCGACCUGCUGCACCACCGCGACAUGCACGACGCGGCCGCGCACGAUGCGCUGGUCGUCUUCACCUGCAUUCUGGUCGGUACAUACGGCGUGCGCCGCACCCGCUCUACCCCGACCUGCUGCACCACCGUGACCUGCACGAUGAGGCCGCGCACGGCGCGCUCGCUGUCUUCACCUGCAUCCUGGUCGGUACAUACAGCGUGCGCUUCACCCGCUCUACCCCGACCUGCUGCACCACCGCGACCUGCACGACGAGGCCGCGCACGGCGCGCUCGCCGUCUUCACCUGCAUCCUGGUCGGUACAUACAGCGUGCGCCGCACCCGCUCUACCCCGACCUGCUGCACCACCGUGACCUGCACGACGAGGCCGCGCACGGCGCGCUCGCCGUCUUCACCUGCAUCCUGGUCGGUACAUACAGCGUGCGCUGCACCCGCUCUACCCGACCUGCUGCACCACCGCGACUUGCACGACGAGGCCGCGCACGGCGCGCUCGCCGUCUUCACCUGCAUCCUGGUCGGUACAUACAGCGUGCGCUGCACCCGCUCUACACCCGACCUGCUGCACCACCGCGACCUGCACGACGAGGCCGCGCACGGCGCGCUCGCCGUCUUCACCUGCAUCCUGGUCGGUACAUACAGCGUGCGCUGCACCCGCUCUACCCCGAUCUGCUGCACCACCGCGACCUGCACGACGAGGCCGCGCACGGCGCGCUCGCCGUCUUCACCUGCAUCCUGGUCGGUACGUACAGCGUGCGCCGCACCCGCUCUACCCCGACCUGCUGCACCACCGUGACCUGCACGACGCGGCCGCGCACGGCGCGCUCGCCGUCUUCACCUGCAUCCUGGUCGGUACAUACAGCGUGCGCCGCACCCGCUCUACCCCGACCUGCUGCACCACCGCGACCUGCACGACGAGGCCGCGCACGGCGCGCUCGCCGUCUUCACCUGCAUCCUGGUCGGUACAUACAGCGUGCGCCGCACCCGCUCUACCCCGACCUGCUGCACCACCGCGACCUGCACGACGAGGCCGCGCACGGCGCGCUCGCCGUCUUCACCUGCAUCCUGGUCGGUACACACAGCGUGCGCCGCACCCGCUCUACCCCGACCUGCUGCACCACCGCGACCUGCACGACGAGGCCGCGCACGGCGCGCUCGCCGUCUUCACCUGCAUCCUGGUCGGUACAUACAGCGUGCGCCGCACCCGCUCUACCCCGACCUGCUGCACCACCGCGACCUGCACGACGAGGCCGCGCACGGCGCGCUCGUCGUCUUCACCUGCAUCCUUUUCGGUACAUACAACGUGCGCCGCACCCGCUCUACCCCGACCUGCUGCACCACCGCGACCUGCACGGCGCGGCCGCGCACGACGCGCUGGCCGUCUUCACCUGCAUCCUGGUCGCUCGUCACUGCUUCUCACUAGAAGACUUCGUGCGUCACGCGGCAUUGCCGUCGCUUGUGAAGGCGUGCGGAGGUGGGGGCGUAUCGAACAACCCCGCCAAUGCACCCUCGCCUGAUACAGGCGCCAGGCUUACCUGUCACUUGCUGCUUCGGCUGUUUAAAACUGUCGAUACACCGCAACCCGGGCUGUACAGCGUGUCGACGUCACCGGGGCCGGGCGGCGGCGCGGCGAGCGUGCGGCUGUCGUGCGACCGCCACCUGCUGGCCGCCGCGCACAAGAACAUCGGCGUCGGACCCGUGCUCGCCACGCUCAAGGCCAUCCUCAUGGUUGGUGACUCGACUGCUCGAGACGGUGGAAAGCCAAGUGGCAAAAAAUCCAGUGAGCUGUCACACAUAUUAGGCACCAGCGAUACCGUCCCCACCGAUGCACAGCUGGACCUCAUGUCGAUGGUAGAUUCAGAGAUGAGUGGGGGCCAUAGAACUCCUAGAGGGAGCGGUGGCGUUGGCUCUACAUUACUGGACUCGUCCCAGUCACUUUCUUCUCUGGCGAGAAGGGUCCUUGCGGAAAUCUGUUCUGAGGAGUGGGUGCUGCAGAAGUGCUUACAGAACCCAGAUGAGCUCUAUCAACCUGAUAUGCUGCUCGAUUCUAUGCUUACUCCACGACAGGCUCAAAGGUUAUUGCAUAUGAUAUGUUAUCCUGAUUCAGCCAGUCACACUCAUCCUGAUCUUGACCAGAAAACUAUGAUAACGCGGCUGUUAGAGAACCUGGAGCAGUGGUCGCUGCGCAUGUCGUGGCUGGACCUGCAGCUGAUGUUCAAGCAGUUCCAGAGCGGCUCGUCCGAGCUGAGCGCGUGGCUCGACACCGUGGCCCGCGCCGUCAUCAACGUCUUCCAACAGCCGGCGCCUCCCCCGCCAGAUAAAGACAGGACGGGCACGGAUCGCGGCGUGGUGAGCACUAGCAAGUGGUCGGAGUCCGUGUGGCUGGUGGCGCCGCUUGUCGCCAAGCUGCCCGCCGCCGUGCAGGGACGAGUACUCAAACAGGCUGGACAGAUUCUAGAAAGCGGUUGGGGUUCCGGUUGCAGCGGAAACUGUUCUGGCAGCGGUGGCGGCGGUGGAGGGUCACAUCGAGAUUGCAAGAGUCAUCAGAGUCCUAGCUACAAAGGGUCGGCGGGCGGUGGCGGCGGCGGCAAGCGCGGCGUGGGCGGCGCGUGCGCGUGUGGCGGCGCGGCCGGCGUGCGCCUCGCCAACGAGCCGCUGCUCUCCCUCGUGCUCACCUGCCUGCGCCACCAGGACGACCAGAAGGAGAGCCUGCUGAGCUCGAUCCACGCGCAGCUGCAGCACUACCUGACGCACGCGCGCGAGCACGAGCGCGCCGCGUGCAGCGACACGUGGCAGGACGAGGUGGCGCCCGAGGCGCUGCAGCUGCGUUUCUCGCUGGCCGGCGGCAUGUUCGACGCGAUCCGCCGCUCCUACCAGCUCACCUCAGACUGGGCGCUGCUGCUCACGCAGCUGCUCGCGCACCAGCUCGUCGACGCCUACAGCAACAGUCUGUGUCGCAGCAACCUGUUCACAACCUUGAUCGACAUGCUUGCCACUCUCAUACAUUCCACCCUCGCCGACGGAGGCGACGACAACAACAGGAAGCACUACCAGAACCUCAUGAAGAAACUCAAGAAGGAGAUCGGCGACCGACACGGGCCUUCAGUGCAGAGUGUUCGACAGCUGCUUCCUUUGUCCAAGAACACUAUUAUCGAGGUGAUAGCUUGCGAGCCUCUGGGUUGCUUGGUGGAUCAAAAGGGCAACAAAAUCUCCGGAUUUGACAGCGACAAGAAACAGGGUCUUAGACUAACGGAUAAACAACGUGUGUCGAGUUGGGAGCUGGUGGAAGGCGGACGGAACCCUGCGCCGCUCUCCUGGGCCUGGUUUGCUGCUACGAAAAUCGAACGAAAACCCCUAACAUAUGAAAAUGCUCACAGGUUAUUGAAGUAUCACACACACAGCCUGGUCAAACCGUUGAGUUACUACUUGGAGUCACUCCCAUUGCCACCUGAAGAUUUGGAGACUAACGAAGGCAAACAGGAUAAUGGGAGUUUGGAAUCCAGUCCAACAGGAGCUGGAAAAGGACGUAAGAUGCCUUGUAAAAAUAAUAAGGCCAAGAAACCAAAAGUUACAACUCCACGCUUUUUUCUGCCAGACGCACCCAUUAGGUCUCAUUGUAUCCGUUGUGUCAGACGGGCGGAGGGGGGGCCGGUGGGCGCGGUGGGCGCGGCGGGCGCGGGCGGCGCGGCGGGCGGGCUGGCCGCGGCGCCGCAGCAGCAGCCGCAGUUCAUGCAGUCGCAGCAGCAGUGGUUCCCGCCACCGGGGCCCACUUACUACAAUCCACCAGCGGCAGGCGUGAGCCCACGUGGAGUCUCGCAACCAGCCAACACUCAGUCCAAACAGGCUCUCAGCAAUAUGCUACGACAACGCGUGCCCUUCAACCAAAUGACUCAAAUGCAGAGCGCUGGAUAUCCGGGUGCGCCACACGCAAGAGGGCCCUUCCCACGGCAAGGCAUGAGGCAGAUGCAACCAAAUCAAAUGAGUCAAAUGCAACCAAAUCAAAUGAAUCCAAUGAGUGCUAUGGGCAACAUGGGUCCAAUGGGUCAAAUAGGUGGCGUCCAAAUGGGUCCCGGACAAAUGGGCGCAGGUCAGAUGGGAAGCGGUCAAAUGGGUCAGGGACAGAUGGGCGGCGGUCAGAUGGGAACCGGACAGAUGCCUGGGAUGGGGGGACAAAUGUUUGGCGGACAAUACGGCGGUAUGCAGCAAGGAUAUGGUGGCUAUGGACAGCAGAUGAUGCAAGGUGGACAACAACAGAUGAUAAACCAGGGCAUGGGACAGAGUGUAAAUCAAAUGGGUCAACAGGGGGGACAGAUGGCACAAGGCAUGGGACAGAUGGGUCAAAGCAUGGGUCAAAUGGGACAGGCAAUUGGUCAGAUGGGACAAAUGGGACAAGGAGGAGGUAUGGGAACAAUGAAUAGUCAAGCGACAUCGAUGGGACCACAAGGAGGCAACGCCAUGGGAGGAUUCCCUGGGCAACAAUCAUUCCAACAGAACAUGAUGAGUGGUAGAGCAAGUCAAGAAGCAUUCUUAGCACAACAAAGACAGAACGCUCGACCUCAGUAUAUGCAGGCGCCGAACGUGACGAUGGGCGGUAUGGGCGGGCCGGCGCCGCCGUACCCGCGCGGCAUGCAGCCGGCGCAGGGCGCGCAGUACCAGCAGCAGCUGACGCCGCAGCUGCGCAUGCGCCAGCAGAUGCUCGCCAUGCAGCAGCAGCAGCAAGGCCCGCUCGUGCAGCACCUGCAGCGCCAGCAAUACCAGCCGCCCUACUAG